GAUUCUAGGGUUUGUGGCGGCCCAGCGGCAGCGGCAGCGCCAUCGCGUGAGGAGCGAUGCUCUUGGAUUGCCUGCGUAGCAAUGGGUAGCUCGCAGCAUCGGUGCGUCUUUGUCGGCAAUAUCCCUUACGACGCGACAGAGGAGCAGCUCAUUCAAAUCUGCGAGGAGGUCGGCCCAGUGGUUUCCUUUCGAUUGGUAACCGACAGGGAAACUGGCAAGCCAAAGGGCUAUGGCUUUUGUGAGUUUAGGGACGAGGAGACCGCGCUAAGCGCUCGACGCAACCUCUCCGGCUAUGAUCUAAACGGCCGCCAGCUCCGCGUCGAUUUCGCCGAGAACGAGAAAGGCAGCGGCGGUGGCGGUGGUGGUGGUGGUGGCGGCGGCGGCGGCGAUAGAAACAGGGACCAAGGAAGGGGUGGCUCGGCAAACAAUCCUGGUGAUGCUAUAGGAUUCUCAGCCGCUGCUGCUGCUGCCGGUGUUAUGGCUGGAGCACUGGGCUCCCAGAUCCCAUUGAUGGCCACUCAAGGUGGUCAAAACGGUGGUAACCUCCCUGGGAACGAUGCUCUCACCAGCCAUCUCGCAACCAUGUCCAAGCAGCAACUUUACGAAACCAUGGUUCAAUUAAAGCAACUCAUUCAACAUGACCAGCAGCAGGCUCGCCAGCUACUAAUAACUCAUCCUUCAUUGACAAAAGCUCUCUUCCAGGCCCAAAUAAUGCUGGGAAUGGUCCGACUGCCGCAGUCGAGGCAGCCGCCGCUUCCUCCGGCCUCUGCUCCGCCGUCCACAUUUAUUCCUCCGGCGUACUCGCAGCAACCGGGUGGGAUUCCUCAGCAGCCACCUUUGCCGCAGCAGCCCAGGCCUCCUCCAAUGCCACCAAUUGCUCCAGCUCAAUCGAUGAACUUCCAAGGUCCACCAUUCGGGCAUCAGCCUCAAUUUAGCAUGGGUAUGCCUUUCCAGUCUCAAGGCCAGCCGCCUUUACCACUUCAGCCCCCUCCACAACAUUCUUUUCAGCAUCCAAGCAUGAACAUUGGCAUGGGGUCCGCGCAAGGACGGGGCCCCGGCAUGAACUUCCAGCAGCCUCCGUUUGGCAUGGAAGGAGGUCCAGUUUACGGACAGAUGCAAAUGCAAGGGCCACCGCAGCCUCUUCCACUGGAGGUGGAGCAACAGCACCUCCUUCAACAGGUUAUGAAUCUAACACCGGAGCAGAUCAACUCUCUCCCGCCGGAUCAACGCCAACAGGUUGUCCAGUUACAGCAGGUGAUCCAGCUCCAGCAGUCGAUGCGGUAGCACAGGUUUCUUUUUUUGUUUUCUCCCGGUAGAGGACACGUGACGGCCGGAACAUUGCUCGAGAUGAUGUUUCAUGGAUGCCAUUGAGCUCGUCCUGGAGGAUGGAAAACCUUUGAUUCAUAGGAUCAUUACAUGGUAAAAUUUACCAAUAGGUACCAUGUUGCGUUCUUCAAAGCACAACAUUAAGGAUUUACAAUAUGAAAAAGAGUGUGAGUGAUGGAUCGAUUAAUGGAGAAAAAUUCUCUUA